GUGGAGACGCGAAUGCGUCGGGAGCUCCACAGACCCCACCCUGUUACUACGGCUACUGCAGCUUAGUGGUCCCAUCCGACCACAGCUCCGAUGAUAAUGGCUCCACCUUAAGCGACAACGUGAAGCGGUUCCUGAACUUGUACGAGGAUGAAGAAAUGGAGAAUAUAAAAAAAAGACUAAGGGAGAGGAAGACCAGGGGGGGGAAGAUAGCCACUCGGAGUGGACGGACUGGCUUCACCAAUGACGGACCCUCCCGUGGAGGUACCCAAACGAAUAGGUAUGCAAUCAUCACCAAGGAAAGCAAGCCAUCAGAAAGCAGAAGGGGAAGAAGAAACAUAAGAGAGUUAAUCAAUUUGGAAAAAGAAAUCAUUGUUACAAGAACCUUGUUGCAAAAAAAAAAAUCAAGACUAGACGAUAUUUAUAGCUAUACAAGUAGACGAGAGAAGGUGAUAAAAAAUUUGAACCUGAGCAUGAGCAAGGAGGCAUCCUUUUUGCAGGACUCCCUUGUUGACAAGUUUAAGCGAACUGAGGAGCUCAUUCGGCUGCUUACAGAUAAUUUCAACCUGCUGGAGGAGCAGCACCUGCAGCUGAUUGACGACACACAGAAUACCGAGUACGAGUUGGAGGAGUAUGAAAAAAAAUUGGCGGAUAAAAAGAAGGAGUUCCUAACAAGAACUAAUGACGUCAUGAAAAAAAUAGUUCAAAUGGAGGGCUACAUCAAAGACCAUACGGAUCAAAUAGGCGAGUACGAAAAUGCCAUUAAAAAAAACCAGAGUGAAAUAUCGUUCGAUAAAAUCAGCAGCAAGAUUGACUUCAUUUGUGCUCACUUUAACUACGACGUGAAUACGAACGAUGUUAUGAAGAAGCUGCAAAUAAUGGAGAAUAAUAUGUAUGCCUACAUUUCCACGCUGACCAAGUACACGGAGGAAAACAGCCAGCUCGUGUACGAGUACCAGCGGGAGUGCGAGCAGGAGAGACGAAAGCAAAUGCGGUUCGAAAUUAACCUCGACAGGAAGGGGAACAACCAAAGCAAGCAGCUCAAAAGCACGAAGACUACGAACAAGGCUUUCGGAACCAACCAGAAGGAGGUACGGAGCGAGGGUGUUACUCGGAGGAAAAUACACACAAUUAACAAAAUUUCGUUCCAUUCGUAG